AUGGCUGCCGCGGAUCUGGGAGCUGCGGAGUGGGAGAGGUCCAAGAUCACGAACCAGGACCUCAAUCUCCUGAAGAAACUGGGGAUUACCAAGAAACCCAAAGCGGACCACCCAAAUCUUGUUUCACUUCCUCCUCUUCAUGAAGGUGGGGAUGUCGAAGAAAGGGCCGUUAUCUCCGAUGACAAUCCAGAUGCCCCCUCGUUUGCAAAUGAACCCGCAGAAUCUCGAAAAUCUGCGGGAUCCGACGAAAAAGAGGAUGUCUCUGAAGCUACUGCGUCGGCACAAUCUCCUCCUCCUGCUGUUUCUCCAAGGAAUAAAAGGAAAAGAGAUGAUGCCGAAGAUUCCGGCACCUCCAAAGUCGACGAAGCUGUUCCUUCGCACCAGAAGGCAGGCUAUGAUCCAUACCUCGAGUCUCUCAUCAAGAAACUGGCAGAAGCCAACGAACGUGCUGACACACUUGCUCGAAAGUUAGAGCAAUGUGAAGAGGCUCGUAAGAAGGCCGAAUCAGAUGCAGUUGAAGCUAGGCAAGAAGCUGACAAGGCUAAGGCUGAUGCUGCUGGUGUCGAAGAUCUUCGGAAACGUCUGCAUGACGCCGAGACUUCACUAAGCGAUCACAUAACUGCGCAAUCUGCUCGCGAAGCGGCGAUCACCAAACGCAUAAAAACACAAAGUCGUCGCUUUGUCGAUAGGACCUCUCAAGAAUUUGAACUUGAGGAUCCCGACAACGAUGUUCUUCUUGACGCCGUUUCAUUCCUUGAGUUUCAUGGGACGGAAGCGCGUGAAGGCAUGGAUGAGGCCAGGGCGGGGCUGUCAAAGCUUUUCCCCUACUUCUUCCCGAAGAAAGAGGAGCCCGCAACUUUCCUUGGUCUUGCCAAGUGCUUUAAUCCUCCCGAAGAUCUUGGGCUGAAGAUGCGCCAUGAGAACAUGAAGGUUGCCGUGGAAAGCACUGUUGCCCUAGUUGCUGACAGUCAACAAACUAUUGACUGGGCCAAAGUUGGCGACACGGAGCAAAUAGAGCAAAUCUGA